AUGUUGCGGUUUGAUACAGUAUGUGAGGAAAAAACAUUAUUCUUUAUUUGUAUUUCAGUAUUGCUCAGUUCGAUACAAAGUGUGGGAGCCUAUAGCUACGAACCAAAUUAUGCUGCAGCAUUAGAAACGGACUUGUUCGCUACAUACGCGAAAAAACAUAGGCCGCAGUCCAAAACAGAUAUCGUGCUGGAGUUUGGACUAAUGCACAUAACAGAACUGGACAUCGUUACUCAGCGUUUAUACAGUGUGGGAUUUCUUUCAACUUACUGGUUUGAUGGCCGCUUGCAAUGGACACCAUCGGGGUACGGGAACAUGACGUCGUUUAUCCCAUUAGUCACCGACAUUUGGACCCCGCCGCUGGUUUUGAGUAAUGCAGCGGAUGAAAUAAAAUUGCUGAAUGACAAUUCUAAUUUUGAGAGCUGUCCUGUUUUCUUGCAUUUCAAUGGGUUUGUGAUAUGGCUGGUACCUGCCAAUUUCAUAGCACAGUGUACCAUCAACAUAAAGUACUAUCCAUUUGAUUCCCAGAGCUGCAACAUUUUGGUUACUUCAUGGCUGUACGCGGAUAGUCAGGUAGAUCUUAGUGCACAGGGUUCAAAGAUUAACCUGGACAUUUACGAGGAACAUGGUGAAUGGGAAAUUUCUGGGACGUCUGUUGAAGCUAGCGCGAGAGUUUUAAAUGGCUACAGUAACCCAGCAAUUAAGUUCACGGUUAAUCUCAAGAGAAAAUAUUCCUACUACCUGUUGAACAUGCUGCUUCCGGUUAUUGUCCUUGCUGCCAUGGCUCCGUUUGUAUUCAUCUUGCCAGUGGAGAGCGGAGAAAAGAUCGGUUUUGCUCUGACGAUUCUUUUGUCAUUGUCAGUUGUCAUGACAGUCGUGUCUGACAACAUACCGCCAACAUCGACCAAUAUAUGCGUGCUUAGCGUGUACCUACUGAUUAUUUUCAUCAUCUGUUCUUUGGAAACCUUGGCAACUGUUAUAACAUGUAGAAUACACGAGCUUCACAACAAAACUUACGUGAUGGGUGACGGAUGUCAGAAUGCUGCUAGAAUCCUCUCAAGAAUUACGAGAUACAGACGAAGGCCUAAAAUUUGCGACAUAACAGCGUUCAAAGAGGAACAUAAUCUAAAAGAAAUACAAGCUGAUGUGCCAGAAAAGAAUGACUUAUCGAAACAACUGGGACGAAAUAAUAAUGCAUGGACUGAAAAUGAAAACGAAGAUGCCCAAAAAGAAGAGGGUAUUAAAAUGGAAUACACUUAUGAAGAUAUCGUAAUCAUGUAUGAAACCUUCAAUUUAGUUCUAUUUACUGUGCUGACGUCACUCAUAACAAUAACUUUUAUGGUCGUUUUGCAUACCAACGCAGGAGAGUCAAACUAAAAUACAGACUAUUUUUCAUAUACCUAUCAAUAUUUGUUUUGAAACCUAAAUGAUUAUCCCACACAAAACCUUUACCAACGAACCAUUUAUUAAGCGUAAUUCAUACAUACAAGCUUAUUAUAUUUGUCAUUUAAACGGUAAAUUGAUAAAGAGAAAAAAUAAUCAACUGUAUUUACAAGUUAGACCUGAUAUUACGAGAUACAAGUUAGAAAAUGUGGAUAAAAAUUUUGUGAGAAUUUCUAAAUCAGAAAACAUAUUUAAUACUAUUUAAAACAAUCAGAAUGGACGUGUUGACAUUCGUAGGUCUAAAAAUAGGAAAGUUACAGACUAGAACACAGUUCUUUGAAAUAUUUUGGACAGGACUUGGUACCUCGACAGAAUAGUAAAAGCUGAAGGGAGUUAUGAGUUAAUGAGUCGGCAAGUGAAUAUAAUGACUAUUAGUUGUUACCUUUCAUCUUUGCGUGUAAGCGUAUAGGUCUACUUUCGCCGAAGACUGUUAGUAAUUUUAGUUGAAGGACUGUACAAGAUACAGAGGACGUUCCAAUUCCAGAAGCUUUCUGGUUCUUAAGCGUGCUAGGUGUAAAGCAUCGAAAACAAAAGUAGGGUGGUAUUUCAAUGAAGGGCUAUGUCCUUUCUUUCUUUUACUUAUUUUGCUUUUUUGAUGAUAUAUUAUUAUUUUGCCUAUAACGUGACUAUCAUUGAAAACAGUUUCCCUCUAAUCAGAUAUUUCCAUCGGCACCUUC